CCGAAAGAAAUGCUAGUAUCCGAGUCUGGAAGUAGUCAGAAGAGUGAGUGAGAAAAAAAUGGCUGGGUUUUUGGUGACCUUCUUCUUCCUUAACUCCGUUUUAUUCUCUGCAACUUCUCAUGCUUCCAAGUGCUCCAUUAAUGAAUUCCCAUUAUUAGUGAGGAACAUCAGUGAGCUUCAACAGGAUAACUAUGGAAGGGCAGGCCUGUCCCACAUUACUAUAGCAGGUUCAAUCUUGCAUGGGCUGAAAGAGGUGGAAGUAUGGCUUCAAACAUUUGCUCCAGGAUCACGCACACCAAUCCAUAGGCAUUCAUGCGAAGAAGUUUUUGUUGUGCUGAGAGGAACUGGCACGGUCUAUCUUUCUUCAAGCUCACACCUAAAGCAUCCUGGACGUCCACAAGAGUUCUCUAUUUUCCCAAAUAGCACAUUUAUCAUACCUGUUAAUGAUGUUCACCAGGUCUGGAAUACUAAUGAACAUGAAGAUUUGCAGUUGCUUGUUAUUAUUUCUCGUCCCCCAGUCAAAGUGUUUGUCUAUGAAGACUGGUCAAUGCCUCACAGUGCAGCAAAACUGAAGUUUCCCUAUUAUUGGGAUGAACAAUGCUUCCAAUCACCACCCCAAAAGGAUGAGCUGUAACAUCGCUACUUGUGCCCCAACACACUUGACAUUACUGGUUUCACAGUUUUCUUUACAAAUAGGAGAAGAGAAGAAUAGACCCCAUGCAAUGCAAUGCAAUGCAAUACAAUACAAAUACAGUUUCAUGAUAGAAACUACAUACUAUGAAGCUGAUUGCAUGUAUGGUACUUAUAUUGGCUAAGAAGAGAAUGUGAAAAGCCGCUACUUUUUUUUUCCCCACAUAUUAUUGCUUUUAAAUGUACAAAGUGGCAACAAAAUACAUUUUACAA